AUGGCCGAUCCCACCACAACCGCCGCCGCUCCCGACACAAAGCUCGAUGCCGACCCCCCGGCAGACAACAAUGCCAUCAAACCAGAGGCCAAGUCUGGGGUGUCUGUGUCCGAAACUGCCCCCAAGAAGUCCUGCAAAAAGCAUCCCGGGAAAGAGCCUGACCCCACCCAGCGCAGUCGAGAGUCCAAAAAGAAGUCCCAUAGGCCUACCAAAGCCUCAUCCAUCGUCACCCCGAGUGACGAUAGCUCCUCUAACUUGAGCCUGGAAGAUGACGGCAGCUCCAGUACCAGUGACUCCGAUUCUGAGGAAGAGGAUUCCGAGUCUUAUGUACCCGAAUCGGAGCCGGACAGAAAGCAGCGUAGGAGGCGAGCGAAGAACCGCACAAGAAAGACCCCGAAGAAUGGUCGAAAGAAGAAAUCGCGGUCGCAUUAUCAGGAUGAAUCCCUGUCAGAAUCUGAAACCGAAGAAACCGACGACUCCUCAUCCCUAGACGAAAAGGCCCUCAAGAAGCUCGUAGCCAAACUAAAGGCCAGAAAGGCCAAAAAGAUCCGCAAGGAUGAUUCCUCCGAGGACGCACUGGAAGAAGAGGUGGAUAGCGAUAUGGAUGAUACAGCUCUCUCCCUAGCCAAGGAAAAGCUGGCGGCAUUGCGACUGAAACGAGGAGAUGGGCGCCGCAACAGAACACGCGUGUGGGACAAUACGAUACACAACUUCAAACUAACAGAGACGGUUGACGAUCCCGGGGCAAACGAGUGGGAUCAGUACCUUUUCACCGUACGUCGCAAAUUUGACUGGGACAAUAAGUACUUGGAGACGGUGGUGGAUAUCAAGAGCAAGUACCUGCGGGAUGCGCUAUCAAAGGUCAUGGAUGGUGUCAAGGGGGUUAGCCUGGUGCAAGAAACCGCGGUAGUUGACCCCAAUAUGCUCUUCCUCUAUCUGGAAGAGACCCGCCAGUGCAUGAAGGAGCUAAAGCAACAGGCCAAAACGGAGAGGAAGAAGAAGGUCAAGAAUAUCGCCAAUCUCAAGGCGCAGCACUUGAAGGUGCUCUUGAAAUAUCUGGACACGGACUAUGCGGAGACCAAAAAGACCCUGUAUCCCUUGCUGGAGGCGAAUAUGAUCACCUUCGACCUAUUGUGGGCUUUGUUCAAACCAAACACCAUUGCAUACUCUCCCACCUAUGGCAACCAGGACGAACCGCGUGCUUUCAAGAUCGAAUAUGCCACCAAAGAGUCGUCGUUCAUGAAGGGCCAGUGGUACAGCAUAGAGGGCCGCUACCUGGAGUAUGACGGCAAGACCUUUGGAAUGGGAGUGAUGGCGGCUGAUGUAGAGAGCUUCAAGGGUGCUCGCAAGAUAACUAGUCUCAGCUGCUACCCCCUAAAGUAUCACCGAGAGGCCGAGGGUGUCCAGGCCAAACUGGUGGAGCGGGGUAAGAAGUUCGUGGCUCUUCGGGGAAUGAACUACCGGUAUCACAAAGGAAUGGCCUUCUAUAAGAAAAAGCGGACUGUCAUCAAGGUCAAUAUCAAUGGGCGAGUGAUGAUCGAUCCAGCCAUUCAUCGCCGCAUCAACCCUAACUACCCCAUCAGCACUGUCCGCCCCAAGGACCCCGACUUUCUCGAUGGCGACGACAACGGCAGCAGUGAUGGGUGUUGCUGUGCGAUGUCAGAGUCAGACUCAGUCGAGCCGUAUGCACACCGUCGGGACUCCGAUGCCCCCACGGUGCGGUACAAGGUUAUUCGAGACAAGGAAGGAAAACCCCACGUGGUGGAAGUGGAACUGGAUGAAAAUGGAAACGAGAUCCAGAAAGAAAACAUGGACGAAGUCGAGGACACCGACCGAGAAUUCACCGAAGAGGAGCUCCUCAUUUCCAGCCCUGUUGUCCUGGGCUUCGCCUUCAGCGAGAAGCUGUGGCUCGAGUUUAGCAUUUCGGGGAUCAGCGACAUCGAGUGGAACGAGGACGCAUUUGACUCACUCGUUUUACCGGACAAUCAGAAAUCUAUCGUCAAAGCCCUGGUAGAAUCCCAUACCUUCUGUGCCGCACAGAACAUCGACGAUGUGAUCCAAGGCAAGGGCAAAGGGCUCGUUGCUGUUCUGCACGGUCCUCCAGGUACCGGCAAGACCCUCACUGCCGAAGGCAUCGCAGAGCUACUCAAAUGCCCAUUGUACAUGGUCAGUGCAGGAGAACUUGGAACCGACUCGCGAACCCUAGAGGGCGAACUGAACAAGAUUCUGGAUAUCGCGCAUUCCUGGGGAGCUGUACUUCUUCUGGACGAGGCGGAUAUUUUCCUCGAAAAGCGCACGAUCCAGGACAUUCACCGCAAUGCUCUAGUCAGCAUAUUCCUGCGUCUCCUCGAGUAUUUCCAGGGCAUCCUGUUUCUCACCACCAACCGGGUAGAGACCUUCGACGACGCUUUCCAAUCCCGCAUCCACGUUGCCCUGCGAUAUGGUGACCUCCCAACGAAAGCCAAACGCAGCGUAUGGAUGAUGUUCCUGGAGCGAGUGCAGGCAAUGGAGGGCGUAAAGACAGCCCAAUUUACAGAUAAGGACUACGAUGCACUAGCUCGUCACAAUCUAAACGGACGUCAAAUCAAAAACUCCGUCCGCACUGCCCAAGCGCUAGCCGUCAAUGAAAACACCGCUCUCUCAAUGGAACACAUCAAACGUGUCUUAGAAGUAGCCGAAACUUUCGACCAUGACCUCCGCGGAGGAACGGGCUAUAUCGACGCCAUGAGGAGCUAUACGUAG